GCGAGUCCGCAGCAGUUUAAAUUAAUGUCAGCCUGCCUGAUCGCAGUGAGAACAAACACGGGGUAGAUAGCGAAAGUACACGCUCGGCGCAACCUGCUGCAAGCCCCUGGCUACACUUUACCAUGACUCGGCGGCCGAAAAACAGUGUUUACAGUAGUGAGGAAGAUGAGGAGGAGACAGAUGUUUACGAACAUGACUACGACGGAACUCUUGCCAAAGUAGGGAAACGCCACCUCGGAAAAACGCGCUGGACUCGAGAAGAGGAUGAGAAGCUGAAGAAACUGGUUGAACUUCACGGAUCAGAAGAUUGGAAACUAAUUGCAAGUCUAUUAGCUAAUCGAACAGAUGUGCAGUGCCAACACCGAUGGCAGAAGGUUCUCAACCCAGAACUGAUUAAGGGGCCCUGGACCAAAGAAGAGGACCAGAGGGUGAUCGAGCUGGUCCAGAAGUACGGAGCCAAGCGCUGGUCGGUGAUCGCCAAGCACCUGAAGGGACGCAUCGGCAAGCAGUGCCGCGAGCGCUGGCACAACCACCUGAACCCAGAGGUCAAGAAGACCUCGUGGACCGAGGAGGAGGACAGAAUCAUCUACCAAGCCCACGAGAAGCUGGGAAACCGCUGGGCAGAAAUCGCCAAGCUGCUUCCUGGCAGGACUGACAACGCCAUAAAGAACCACUGGAACUCCACGAUGAGGCGAAAGGUUGAACAAGAGGGCUACCUUCAGAACACAUCGAAGAACAGCAACUCCUCGCUGUCCAUGAGCCACGGCUACAUCAAGACCACCAAUCACGUCAUGAGCUUCCCCCACCACUCACCGAGCCAUGCACAGCUGCCUCCUGUGACCUACAACUACAUAUCUGAAACACACAGACUGCCGUUCCCGAUGGCUCUGCAUUUAAACAUCCUGAACAUUCCCCAGCACGGGACUGCUGCUAUACAAAGACACUAUGGUGACGAGGAUCCUGAGAAAGAGCAGAGAGUAAAAGAGAUCGAACGGCUGCUCAUGGCGACGGAGAAUGAGCUGAAAAUCCAGCCGUCCCUAUCAAUGAAUUUGAGUUUUCCGUCUUGGGCCACCCAGAGCUCUUUGACCAGCAGCUCGGAUGGUGCUGCCACGUCUUUAUCACACUUCCAGACCGCUGCCCCGGCACUGCCUCUUGACCAGAGCUGCCUACCUGAAGAAAGUGCCUCAGCAACACGGGCCAGCAGCACCGCUGGCAGCCAUCACAGCAGCCCGACAUUCACAAACGCAAUCCCCGACUUCAUGGAAUCCGUCAUUGAUUCUUUUCUCAGCCAGUCAAUGAGUCCAGAACACUCCGAUGACAGUCUACGAAUGAGCAUGGCUGUAGACACCAAACCUCUCGUCGACCACUCUAUCAGGCCACAGAAAGAGAAUGAAAUAUUCCGAACUCCAAACAUCCGUCGAUCGAUCCUGGAGUCGAACCCUCGUACACCCACUCCUUUCAGAUCAAAUUUGGGCCUUCAUGGAUCUCUCAAACUACAGAGUCCAACUUUGGAGCAGCAAAUGGUUGAGUCUAUCAAACAAGAACCGAUGGAGUGCGCCAUUGACCAGCCUCCACUUAAGAAGAUAAAACAAGAGGUGGAGUCCCCGUGUGAGAGGAGCCCCUGCAUGCAGUGGGAGGGACAAGAACUCAACACACAGCUUUUCUCCCCCAACGCCUCUGCACAGGAAGUACCUGUAAGUCCACAUGAUCUACUUACCAGCUCACUACUAAGUGAGGAUGGACACAAGCCCUACCAUCUUCCUCACAGAGACAUGAACAGCCCACUACAGCAGCAGCAGCAGCAGCUCAGUCCUUGGGAACCAGCAACCUGUGGGAAAACGGAGGAACACAUUCUGGCCUCUGAGCAGAACCACAAGUACAUCAACACUUACCCCACGAGGACACUGGUGAUGUAGACAAUGGAGAGAGGCGCAAUACAAAUGGGGAGGGGGGGAACAAAAAAAAAACGCUGAUCUGGAAACGUCAACACUCCCUGCGCUGGACUCAGCGUCGCAGGUUUUUUAAAAUAUUUGUUGUGGUACAACAGUUGGGAGAGGCCUUUACGCCAUUUGUGUUUUUACACUCAAACUUGUUGGAUUUCAACCAACCAAAGACUAAACACGUUUUUUUUUUUUGCCUUUUAAGUAGAAUUAGAUUUUUUUAAUAUAUGUAUAUAUAUAAAAUUGUCCAUCCUUUUUUGUCUGCUCUAUGUUUUUAUAACUGUUGUAUUAUAAAUGGGAAAAGGUUUGCGUUGGGCUGUAUUAUUGGUUACAAAUUUUUGAUAUUAAUAUAAAGAACAAGUUAAUUUAUUUGUUUGUUUGUUCCUGUUUGUUUUUUUUUUUUGUCCCGGAUUAUGACUAUGUAAUUGUUUUACAAUCCACCAAUUGAGCAGUGUUGUAAUUUUAAGUAUUUAAGCCCUGUUAGCAUUAUCAUAUAUCCAAAAGGCAUAAUAAGAAUUUCCGAACUGACCUCUGAAUUUUACUCUUGAAAUUAUUUCACGUUUUUCUAACGGGUAUGUGGGUCUGCUGAAAAUUUCAAGUGUUUGGUCACAUAAACGCUUAAGAACCGUUACGUCUGUUCUUAUACAAUGGUUCAAAUCUGGCCAGCUGUAGUAUUACCACAUUGCGAUCUUUAUUUCACCAGGAAAUACGUUUUCAUUUCAAAUUACGAUGCAUUUCUGGCUUUUAAAUUAGGACAAAUGUAUGAACAAAUGAAUAUGUUUAUGGAAAGAGGUUAAGAGAGACUACACUAUGCAUUUCAAAAUCUGAAAUGAGCUUCACCGAGUAAGAGUAAAAACCAAGCUGCUCUUGACUUUCUGUAAAACAGAAGAAUUAAACACUGAUGUUUUUAUAUCCUACUACAAACAAAAGCCCUCUUGAAACUUUUGUAUCAGUUCAAAAGAAAACUUUUGAUAGUUUUGUAUUGUUUUUUUGUAAAGUGUACUUCAUCAGCAUUUUGUUUUCUUUCAGAGAUUCAAGGUAGCCCUUGUCAAACACUUAAACAGACGUUUUUUUUUUAUACUUAUGCCUUUUUUGAUACUAGCUUUGGACUUUUUUAUGAAAGCAUUUAUAGAUGCCAAGUUUUCAUGUUUUUAUACUUUUGUAUACCGCCAAGCAAAUAAAGUGUGCUGUUUUUAUUAAA